UUUCAACACUGAUUUCUUGCGUACUGCCAACUUGCCCACUUGAGAACGUCUGGCAACACUUUUUUUUUGUGGGAGAGCAAAACAGCUGAAACCAAGACAUAACAAACCAUGCAGACAACACGCAACGCCAGACAAUUAUUAAGCCGGGCCCGGCUUUUAUUAAGCCGGAAUGGUGUUAGAACAGCCACGACAGUGAGCCAAGAGAAAGAUGCCCAGACACCGCAAUCGAAUCAAACAGACACAGAUCAAGGAAAAACCACACAUUUUGGCUUUCAGACAGUCGCCGAGAGCGAAAAGGAGCAAAAGGUACAUGAGGUCUUUGAGCAGGUGGCCCAAUCCUAUGAUGUGAUGAAUGAUGCCAUGUCCAUGGGCAUACAUCGCCUAUGGAAGGAUAUAUUCGUAGAGCGUUUGGGUCCCACGCAUGGUAUGCGUCUAUUGGAUAUGGCCGGCGGCACGGGUGACAUUACUUUUCGCUAUCUCAAAUAUUUGGCCAAUCAGCCCAAUACAGAGGGACGUUCAAGUCAUGUCACCAUAUCGGAUAUCAAUCAACAUAUGCUGAACGUAGGCGAGGAGCGUUCCAAACGUCUGGGUCUCACCACAGACAAGUUACCCAAUCUAAGCAUCGAUUGGCAAUGUGCCGAUGCCGAAAAGUUGCCCUUCAAAAAUGACGAAUUCAAUGCUUAUACCAUUGCAUUUGGCGUACGGAAUUGUACACAUGUGGAUAAGGUGCUGAGCGAGGCUUAUCGGGUCUUACAGCCAGGUGGACGUUUCAUGUGCCUCGAGUUCAGCCAUUUGACCAAUGAGACAAUGCAAUGGCUCUACGAUCAAUACUCUUUCCAGGUGAUACCACCCAUGGGUCAACUGUUGGCCGGCCAAUGGCAAGCCUAUCAGUAUCUGGUUGAGAGUAUACGCAAAUUUCCCAAACAGGAAGAUUUCAAGCAUAUGAUUGAAAAGGCUGGCUUUGUGGGUGUUACCUACGAGAAUCUUACCUUUGGCAUAGUUAGUAUACACUCUGGUUUUAAGUUGUAAUCCCAUCUUCAACCUGGACAGGGGAUUUUAUUACAUAUACAUACUUAUGCUAAGUUUAGAAACGUUUUUUGAACUGAGCUGCAAUUGCUUAUGCUGAGCACGUUCAAUUGAA